CAUCCGCAUCAGCGCCUCUACUGAUGUGCAUUAGCAGCAGAAACCUCAGCUGCCCAAUUUACCAGAACAUUCUGGAGGAGUUCAGUUCUCAAUUCUCUCUAAUGGAUGACACAAAGAGAAGAAACAUGGUGGAAUUUUUCAUCUUGUCCUUCCUCAGAAGAAACACGACAGAUCCGGGCUGUGUGUUCAGUGCUAACACCAGCACUGAGUGGCUGCUGAUGAACUUUGGGCCGUUUGCUCAGUUUGUGUCUCUCAGAGAUCUGUUCUCCAUCAACACACACUUUGAUCCUUUGGAGACCCUGGUGUCUCUCUCUCCAGAUCAGAUGGUUGGACUGAUGGUUGAUGAUCUUCCUGGUCUUCCAGAGAAAAACGUUGUCAUCAAUAGAGUGUUCGAUCACCUGCUUGAGUCUCCUGUGGAACGAGGACUUCCAGGAGUUCUAGAAAACCUGCUCUCACGAUCACAGAUGAUCUUUAUUCCGUGCAGCUCCUACAUACUGAUUUUUACGAGACUGUUCCAAGCUCUACCCUUCCUGCCAUCAGAGAUGGAGACUCUGGUCGUCCACACAACUGGAGAACUCAAGGAGAAUGGAGCAAGAGGCUGUUCCCUUCCUGAACAUCCAACAUGUCUCGUCACACCAGUGAAUGCUACAAGAGUUUGUGCAGGAGUCAACAGUAAUGAGCUGGAGACCCUCUUGUCAUCUGGUCUCAUGAAAGUCCCCUGCAAUAUCAGUCUGGAACAGUACGCUUGCUCUUCGCUGACAGGCUUCACUGCUGAAAACCUGGCUGAACUUCUGAUGUGUCAACUAUCCAGCAGCAACAGUCACUCAAAGGAGAUCUGGAAAUUGCUUCUCACCAAAACAAAGGAUGUUCUAGAUCAAGCCCUCAUCUUCUUUUCCAAUACGUCUCAGCCAGUCAGUGGUGUGUCUGUGUCCAAUGUGCUGGAUGUGAUUGGUGAGCUGAGAUUGGAGCAGAUCAGUCCUGACCAAUGGAGUGAUAUCGGUUUCAUCAGCCUGUGGUUCGGUCAGAAUCUGAGACCGUUUUUACCAUCCGCAUCAGCGCCUCUACUGAUGUGCAUUAGCAGCAGAAACCUCAGCUGCCCAAUUUACCAGAACAUUCUGGAGGAGUUCAGUUCUCAAUUCUCUCUAAUGGAUGACACAAAGAGAAGAAACAUGGUGGAAUUUUUCAUCUUGUCCUUCCUCAGAAGAAACACGACAGAUCCGGGCUGUGUGUUCAGUGCUAACACCAGCACUGAGUGGCUGCUGAUGAACUUUGGGCCGUUUGCUCAGUUUGUGUCUCUCAGAGAUCUGUUCUCCAUCAACACACACUUUGAUCCUUUGGAGACCCUGGUGUCUCUCUCUCCAGAUCAGAUGGUUGGACUGAUGGUUGAUGAUCUUCCUGGUCUUCCAGAGAAAAACGUUGUCAUCAAUAGAGUGUUCGAUCACCUGCUUGAGUCUCCUGUGGAACGAGGACUUCCUAAAGUUCUUCAGCUCCUAACUGCUUUCACUGUAACUAGUCCUCUCAGCUGUCAAAGCAACCAGUUAAUAUUCAUGCAACUUGACAAGAUCUUGAGGUCAUCAGCUGGUGAUUUGGAGCCCAUCAUCUGGGCGAGUGUUUAUAACUUCAGCCGCACGGCACCCGCAGGUUGCUCUGUGUUCCCACCUGUGAAUGAGCAGUGUCCAUUGACUCCAUACAACGAGUCUCAGGUGUGCAGUGGAGUGGACAGCUCUGCGUUACAGAACUACCUGAAUAAUGGAGACACAACAAAGACGCUUUGUGAUUUCAGUAUCCCACAAUAUGCCUGUACCCCGGUGUUGAAUGUCAGUGUUGAGCACCUGGUCUCGAUACUGGAGUGUCAGCUGUCUACUGAUGUCACGAGCUCACCUGAGAGCUGGAAGCUCUUCCUGGCCAGAGUUUCACACCUGCUGGACUCCGCCUUCUACACGCUCUCCAACAGGUCUGUGGGGUGGAGCGGUCAAUCGGCCUCUGUUGUUCUGGAUGUGCUGCGAGAGCUCCGACUGGACAGACUCACGGACGAUGGAGUCGUCACCCUGUGGUUUGGCGAGCGUCUCAGACCGCUCCUGCUGUUUCCAUCCAGAACGUUCCUGCAAUGUUUGCGCAGCAGGACUUUCAGCUGCCAGAACUUCCAGAGAGUAGUUGCGGCGUUCAAUGCAGGAUUUCUCCAGAUGGAUCAACUUCAGAAGGAAAUAACAGUGUCAGAAUUCAUCUUACCUUUCCUCUCUGAAAGGACGGCAGGUGCGGCGUGUGUGUCUAAUGACAGCGCUCUGUGGCUCGUCAGUAACUUUGGGCAGUUUUCAACACUCCUCUCUCUGAAUCAACUGAUCUCACUCAACCCACAAAUCAACCUGUUGGAGACUCUGGUGUAUCUGUCUCCAGAGCAGUUAGCCGGACUGAUUGUUGGAGAUCUGACUGGUCUUCCGGAGAAAGAUGUGGUCAUCGCCGCAGUGUUCGAUCAUCUGACUGCAUCUCCGCUGAGAAUUCCUGAAUUUCUUGUCUUCCUGGUUACAUUUUCAAAGACGAGUAACAUCUCCUGUCUGUCAUAUCGAUCCAUUUUCCAUCGUCUGGAUCACCUGACCGUCAGUGUGCCGGUGGAGCUUGAGAUACUGAUUCUGAGGAGCAAAACAGCUCUGCUGCAGGAUGUGCCACCGGGUUGUGUGAGCUUCAGUGGAGUGUGUGACGUCACCCCCGUGAACGAGACAUCAAUUUGCAAGAAUGUCAACAGCUCUUUUCCUGACGGCAGUCAGCUCUGUGAUUUCAACAUCACACAGUACGCUUGUGCAGAGUUGACAGGUCUGAGCACACAGGACCUCGUGACAAUGUUGUCGUGCAGUCUCAACAGUAACGAAACCGUAUCCGAGGAGACGUGGAAACUGUUCACGCUGAAGAUCAACGUCCUGCUGGGUCCCGCCCUCGACCAGCUCGCCAACAUGAAGCUGAAUAAGUCCCGCUCCUCUGUGUCGUUCUUGAAUAUGAUUGGAGAGGUGACUCUGAGCACCUUCAGCUCGACCAAUCUGCAAGAUGAAUCGUUCAUCCAGCGCUGGUUUAACAUCAGACUCCGCCCAUUUUUACCUCAUGCCUCUGAGAACUUUCUGUCCUGUCUCGCCACGAGAGACUUCAGCUGCGACACCUACAGGAGUGUUGUUGAGAUCUUCAGUCAGAGUUUUGACGUCAUGUCCACCGAUACACAAGCAAAUGUCUAUGUUGACUUCAUCAAAGUCUUCCUCUCUCUCAACAAGACUGCAGGGUGUGUGGACGUCUUGCAGAGCAGCUCUGAUUGGCUGACGGUGAACUUUGCACGUUUCGCUGUUUUCACCUCAAUCAGCGACCUGCAGAUGCUCAACCCCAACUUCAAUGUGUUGGACACUCUGAGUCUGUUGAGUGUGAGACAGUUAGUGGAGCUGUCCAGCACACCCGGCGUCCUCACCACCACCGCUGCGGUCAACCAGCUGCUGCUCAAUAUACCAGACAAUCAAUUCACUGGAUUCUACACAUCACUGUCUGCUGCUCUAAAGUUGCAGGGCGUAGUGCUCGCUCCUCCUGUCCGUGAAGCCUUCCUGCAGCAGGUGUUUGUCAGAGGGAAUCUGACGACAGUAUCAGACGCUCAGCUGGAAGUCUGGAUACAGAAAAUUCUGCCUCCAUUCGUACAAAACAUCACAGUCCAACAGACCACACAAUACUUCAGCAUUAUUCAGCAGAGACCCUGCUCCAUCAGCCAGCAGGGGGUUCAGCUGCUGAACUCGUCUGUCUCCACCUUCCAGCCCGCAACACAAGAUCAGAUCUACCAACAAAUCCUCAACUCUUUACAAGGGCCCACCCCGCUGCAGUGCUAUGGUAACCAGAGUUACUACUCCUUCCUGGUGUCGUCCUUCAUGAGUUUCCAGUUCCCGAAUCUGAGCACAUUCCUGUCGCUGAUGACUCCUGCUCGAGUGUCAGAGCUGUUGGCUUCAAUGUCUCCAGCGGAGGUCAGCAGCCUCCUGAACCGUCCAAACGCUGUGGACGAUGUAACCAAACUCUGCGAGCUUCUCAGAAACUACCCAAAAACAUCACAGUACCUACAGACGGAGCGGGUGGGUUCUGUGGGUUUGGCCCGGCAGGUGUUGUCCUGUGUGUGGUCUCAGGUUCUGAAGGUGAACGUCCAGUCUGAGGUGGAUCAGUGGUUUGAUUAUCGACUUGUGCAGUAUCUGCCGUUCCUAACCUCACAGCUCAUCAGUCCAGACGUCAUGCUGGACACCUCCUGCCUCUCCUUCAGGAAGUUUGUGACCGUGAUGGGUAAACACAACUACAGUGUGACAGACUUCACUCAAGGAGACAUCUACAGGAUCAUCCAGAUGUACCUGAACACCUCUUCUGCUCCGAAAUGUUAUAACGCCUCUAACCCUGAUCUUAACUCCACCGCCUGGUUCGCCAACUACAUCGGCGUCUUCAUGAGCUUCAUCACACUGGAUGAUCUCUUACGCUUCGGCUCCUCAAAGCUCCAGCCAUUCACAGUAAACCUGGAGAAUCUUCAGCUCUUUAAGCAGUUCAGCGUUCCUGAUAACGUCACAGAGUUCUACAUGGCCCUGUUGUUCCAGGAGAACCCGUCCUUCAGCGCCUUCUAUCUUCCAGAGAAGUUUCUCUGUUUGGCUCCUCCGAGCUCCUUCCUUCAGUUGAAUAUGACGCAGUUAAAGAUCGUCUCACCAAGCAUCCAUCAGACCUGCACCACCAUACAACCUGACGUGUCGGCCGCUCUGGCGAGUAACGCCCCUGUUCUGUCGGUGGACUCCAUCACAGCUCUUAAUCAGUCGUGUACAGGUUUAAGUACAGAUCAGAUCAGUCUGACAGGAGGGGCGGUGCUUCAGAAUGCUCUGUCUGUGCUCAGCGCUGUGAUUGGCUGGAAUCAAGAUCAGGCCAUGUCAAUCAUUCAAACGCUGCUGUCGUCUGGAGUUUACCAGAUUAAUGAUAUGGAAAGUCUUCAGCGUUUGGGUUCAUUAAUCAUUGGAAUUUCAUCAUCAAUUAUCAACUCAAUCCAAAACUAUUUUUUGCUUAACGCGGUCAAAUACCCAUCAUUCCUGACCAACGUGAUGACUGCACCUGUGAUCAUACAACAGACUAUCGUCAGCCAGAUCAUCUCUGUGAAUACGGCCUCUGACACCAUCAUCACAAACGUUCCUGAUGUCUUGGCAACAGAGAUCCCACGUAUCUUCCUUCUGGGUGUGUCCUCCUCUUCUGCGGUGACUGUCAAUGAAAAGAAAUGGAAACCUGAGCAGGCCAUGUUGCUGUUCGAAACAGUUGCGACGGAGAUCAGCAAUCCAUAUGACAUCUCAUUUCAGGUGCUACAGGGUUUCACCUGUACAAGAAUCCAGAAGUUCAACCCAGGAAAAAUUCGAAGUUUAAUCAGCGGAUGCCAAAGGCGCGGUAAUGUCACGGUCGUCCUGCAGGAGUCACAGUUGACGUGCAUGUAUCAGUACAUUAAGAGUGGAGAUAUAAACCUGUUCUCUCAGUACCCCGCUGACCUGCUGCUGUAUUACGAAUACUCUCUGAUCGACAGAUCUCUGUGUCGCUCGUACUUCUCUGCGCUGGGAUCAGCUGAUUUCUCUGUGCUCUCCAACACACUGUCAUUCAAGACACAAACACUCUUCAACAACGCCAGAGACUGUCUGGGAAUCUCUGGAUUUAAUAUCAGCCGCGAGCAGCUACAUAUUUUAGGAACGAUGAGCUGCAUUCUCAGUGCCGAUUACAUCCAGAACUCUGAUCCGUAUGUGCUGGAGAAACUCAAACAGUGUCCUGAUUUAACACAACAGCAGAUCUUUGCCAUAGAGACUGUACUGCUGAGAGGAAACACAACCUACGGAUCUCCGGAUACCUGGAACAAAGUCACCCUGGACAAUCUGGGAAUUCUGCCUCUGUACAUCACCUCCAACAUAUGGGACAAAAUCUCACAGACGGACAAGCAGAAGUUUCUUAAGACGUUUAUUCGUGGACUGAGGAAGAGUGAUGUUUCAGAGAUGAAGAUCAUAAACAUGAUGAACAUGGUUAAACAGUCGAGCAAAUCCUUAAGAUUCAAAAGAGCCACUGAAUGUACCGUUGGAGAGAUAACGCAGGUGCAGGUUUAUAGCGACAUUUUCCCAUUCAACUACGAUGAGACUCAGUUUAACGUUUGUUUGAGCGUCCAAACGCUGAAGUUCAACCUGGAGGGCAUCACAGAUAAAGUCUAUGACAGAGACUUCCAGAGAAUUAUCCUCAAUAAACUCAACCAGGCGUAUCCUGAUGGAAUCCCUGACGGGGUGCUGCAGGUUUUAGGCUCCUCCUCCCGCGCGGCCAUGCCUGAUGAUGUGAAAAAAUGGAGCGUGACGAAGAUUGACACACUUUCAUCUCUGAUGAACUCACGCAAUGGAGUCUGGGACCCUCAGAUGGUUCAGCUGAUCGUCAGUAAGUAUCUGAGUGUGAAUGGAAACUCUCUGGGCACUUAUGAACUGAACUCUAUCAGAGGAUCAAAUCUGUGUGCACUGAACAUCAGUGUGCUGAACAACAUCACCGCAGCCAGUGUGGAACGGGCUGCUGCUCUCUCUCUCACUAACUGCAGUUCAGAGAAGAAGAGGACUCUGUUCAGUAUCGCUCAGAACGCAUUCAGUGCAACAAACACACGCAGCACAGACACCAUCAGCACCACAACAUACCAGCUCAUGCAGUCUUACCUCGGUGGUGCUGAUUCUACAUUUAUUCGUAAACUUGUAAAUUCCAACGUCAGUAUGGAUCUGAUCACCUUCAUUGGUCUGGAGCAAAGCGUGAUCAACACGCUGAAUGUGGUGGACGUGAAGAGUUUGUUGGGUGUGAAUGUAGCCGAUCUGAAGACGUAUGAAAGCGCAUCACAGGUGCAGGAAUGGGUUAAACUGCAGCUGCAGUCGGAUCUGGACACGCUCAAGAUCGGCCUGACGGGCGGCAGGAACUCCACUGUGACCAACAGCACAACCAAAGCGCCGUCAUCACAGAGCAGCACCGCUUCAGUCGCCGGCGCGAUCCCCACCUCCACCACAGCGGCCGGGUCCAGAGUUUGGGCUCCUGUCUGUCUGCAGCUGUUCCUAUUGGCUGUUCCCGUGAUGACACUCCAGCUGCUGCAUUGAUGACAUCACAGUCUCUGUAUUUACUGUCUCUGUAUAAUAUUUAAAAGUUGUUUUUCUUGAAUGGAUCACAUCUUCAAGGAUGAAUUAUUUCUGUGUAUAUGAAUAAAUUAUAUUUGAUUGGGCUGAUCCAGCGGAAGAAUACAGAUCAAGAGAGUUCUGCUGGUCACUCCUGAAACAUAAUAAAUAAUCUGAUUAC